CCAAUCACCGCACUCCCGAUCCACGUGGGGGGAGGGCGGUCUGGCGUCACGUGACCACACCACUCUCCCACGUGGGAGCGGGCAGGCUCCAUUCUUUGUGCUGCGAGGGGCUCCCUGGCUUCGCUGGGAGGCAAGGCAGUAAACACUGCUGCUUCGGUGCUCCGGGCGCCUGAGGGCUUUCGUCACAGGGAUGCCAAAGCGUGGGAAGAGAGCGGCGGCAGAAGACGGGGAAGAACCCAAGUCGGAGCCAGAGACCAAGAAGAGUAAAGGGGCAGCAAAGAAAAACGAGAAAGAGGCCGCAGGGGAGGGCCCUGUUCUGUAUGAGGACCCUCCAGAUCAGAAAACCUCACCCAGUGGCAAAUCUGCCACACUCAAGAUAUGCUCCUGGAAUGUGGAUGGGCUUCGAGCCUGGAUUAAGAAGAAAGGUUUAGAUUGGGUAAAGGAAGAAGCACCAGAUAUCUUGUGCCUCCAAGAAACCAAAUGCUCAGAGAACAAACUCCCGGCUGAACUUCAAGACCUGCCUGGACUCACCCACCAGUACUGGUCAGCUCCAUCAGACAAAGAAGGAUACAGUGGUGUGGGCUUGCUUUCCCGCCAGUGCCCACUCAAAGUCUCUUAUGGCAUUGGCGAGGAAGAGCACGAUCAAGAAGGCCGGGUGAUUGUGGCUGAAUUUGACUCCUUUGUCCUGGUAACAGCCUACGUUCCAAAUGCAGGCCGAGGUCUGGUGAGACUGGAGUACCGACAGCGCUGGGAUGAAGCCUUUCGUAAGUUUCUGAAGGACUUGGCUUCCCGAAAGCCUCUUGUGCUGUGUGGGGAUCUCAAUGUGGCCCAUGAAGAGAUCGACCUUCGGAACCCCAAAGGGAACAAAAAGAACGCCGGCUUCACCCCCCAGGAGCGCCAGGGCUUUGGGGAGUUGCUCCAGGAUGUGCCGCUGGCUGACAGCUUCCGGCACCUCUACCCCAACACCGCCUAUGCUUACACUUUCUGGACUUACAUGAUGAACGCUCGGGCUAAGAAUGUCGGUUGGCGCCUUGACUACUUUCUGGUGUCGCACUCCCUUCUACCUGCAUUGUGUGACAGCAAGAUCCGCUCCAAGGCUCUUGGCAGUGACCACUGUCCCAUCACCCUUUACCUAGCGCUGUGACACCCCUGCUGAAGUAACUACGCUUGGGAAGUAGCCGCCUCUCCCCCAGUAAACUUACUAGCUUUCUAGUAAAGGCCAAUGUAUUUCUUACCUCUUCUUUAGGUGUCCUUUAGGCCCAGGUUUUGGUUUUUGUAUGUGCCCCCCUGUUUUAAUUGUUAAACUAAACUUCUGGUUUACUAUCAACCAUCCAACUAAAAAUAAAAAGGCCCUACUUUCAACUUUG